UGCCAUUUUCCGUGACUAUUGGCUUCCAAGGGUAAAAGUACAGUUCCCAAAUGGUUGACAAAUCCGUCUCCUCUACGGCUAUGACGUCCAAAGCCAUUGUUUAAUUGUUUUCAAAAAAAUGGGAGAGAGACGUUGGGAUGUGGCUAAAGGCAGUUUACCCCAGAUUUUAAAUCUUGGCUUAAGGCAGUCCCAUAUCAUCCCAAACACAGACACACACACCCAAUAUCCUAGCUCCAUACUCCCAUCAUUUUUAUGUAAUCCACUGAAAGAUUUGAACUUUGUAAAGCAAGAUUCUUGAUGGGUUAAAACUAGCAUCUCAGCUAGCUUGACUUCGUUGAGUUAGUGUUACUUAAUUGAAGUUUUGAGGAAAGUUGGAGUCAUUUUGAGAAGUGGAGAGUCGAGCUUAGAAGAAGAUGAGCAAGAGGAGAGACGGGUCUAAUAUGUCAGAGUCACUGAUCGACUCGAGUUCCAGGGGAUCUAGUGAUUCAGAUUCCUCAUCCGACGAGAGUAAACAGAAGGAGAACUAUUUUCCGCAGUCACCUCUGGGUUGGCCCAUCCGGAAGGCCCUAACUACCAAGUGUUUGAGGAAAGGCGUAGCAGAGAAAGAGAUGCAUGGCCAGGCUAAUGAACAAGACGAUGGAGAUCAUUCCCAGUUGAAGAAGCUUAACUCGAAAAACCAGAAAUGGAGAUGAUGAAAGAGAGAUUUUCAAAAUUGUUGCUUGGUGAAGAUAUGUCUGGCUGUGGGAAAGGAGUUCCAACGGCAUUAGCCAUUUCAAAUGGCAUAACUAAUCUUUGUGCCACUGUAUUUGGACAGUUCUGGAGGCUGGAGCCAUUUCCCCCAGAAAAGAUAUCCAUGUGGCGAAGAGAGAUGGAAUGGUUUGUUGCUGUUAGUGAUCAUAUUGUUGAAUUAAUACCUUCCUGGCAAACACUUCCUGAUGGAAGUAAGCUUGAGGUAAUGUGUAGCAGGCCAAGGCUAGAUAUAUUUAUUAACCUUCCAGCACUCAAGAAGCUUGACACAAUGCUCAUUGAAAUUGUAGAUAGUUUCACAAGCACCGAGUUUUGGUAUGUGGACAAAGGCGUCGGUGGCAGAGAGAAGGAUGGGUCAUCAGCCUCUUUCAUAAAGGAGGCGACAGUCACGCGACAAGAAGAAAAGUGGUGGUUGCCAGUGCCAAGGGUUCCACCAGGUGGUCUCUCUCUUUCCACAAGAAAACAACUAGAUCACAAACGCGAAUGCACGAGCCAAAUCCUUAAAGCUGUAAUGGCGAUUAACGGCUCUACUUUAGCGGAGAUGGAAGUUCCCCAUUCCUACUUAGAUGCUCUUCCAAAGAAUGGGAGAGCAUGCUUAGGAGAGGUGGUUUAUCGCUACAUCACGUCAGAUAACUUCUCCUCGGAGUGUCUGCUGGAUUGCCUUGACCUGACUUCUGAACAUAUGGCUCUGGAGAUGGCAAAUCGAGUGGAGGCUGCAAUGUAUGUUUGGCGUAGAAGACACCACCAUCACACUAGACCCCCAACUCAUACCAACCGUUCAACACCCAAAUCUUCUUGGGAUAUUGUUAAAGAUCUAGUGGUUGAUGGAGACAAAAGGGAUUUACUUGCACAGAGAGCAGAAAACCUCUUGCUUUCUUUGAAACAAAGGUUUCCCAAUCUGACCCAAACCACCUUGGAUGCCACCAAGAUUCAGUAUAACAAGGAUGUGGGGAAGUCAAUUCUGGAGAGCUAUUCAAGAGUGUUGGAGAGUCUGGCUUUCAAUAUUGUGGCACGGAUUGACGAUCUGAUCUUUGUGGAUGAUAUAACAAAGCAAUCUGAUAAUAGCAUUGUACACAGAAAAGUUUUUUCUGCUUCUUCUUCAGCCCCAUUUAGAUCAACAUUUUCCAAUCCUACCCUUUCGCCAGUUCUGCCACUGCUCAGCCCGGCCAGGGGAGGAGAGGUAACGCCGUUCCUUGGUGGCAGCACUGCUAAGAUCCUGAGGCGUGGCCUGGGAGUGAAAAGAGCACUGUCAAACUACCUUGGAAGUGAAGCUAAUAAUAAGAUGAAGACCACUACUACCUGUGGGAAUCCUCUGGAAGCUUUUGCCUCCAUUUCCAACAAAAGCUCGGAUUCUCGAGCUCCAAAAGCAAGUGUGGUGGAGGGUCAAGAGCAAUGUUCCGUCUUGCAGCCAAUUAACCGCUGAACUAUAUAGUGACAGCAGCUUGCAGAGAUCAAGAGUUAUAUAUAUACACAGGAAUAUUCCUGUCCGGCCGGUCCGGACAGGAGUCCCGCCUGGCCUCCGCUGUUUGGGGUGGCUCCCGGUGGUAUAUUUUGGUGAUUUUUUUUGUGUAUGUUUUUCAUCAAAUCUAGUUUAUCCACACCAAAUUUCAGCAAAAAUUCAAUCGGGAAGGCAGUCAAAUAAUUUUUGGAAGAUAACUGCGCCAAAAUAUACAUAUAAAACGCAGUUGUCUUCCAAAAAUCAUUUGACUGCCUUCCUGAUUGAAUUUUUAGCCGAAAUUUGGUGUGGAUAAACUAGACUUGAUGAAGAACAUACAAAAAAGAUUUCAGCAAAAAAUACCAUCGAGAACAGCCCCAAAAGGCGGAGGCCGAACGGUGUGUGUGUGUGUCCUCUGUGUGUAUGUGUGUGUGUAUGUAUGUAUACUAAUAGGGUAAUGGGGUCGAUACCGUCUCAAACAAAAGAAUUGUUCUCACAUACAUCGAUCAAUUUGUUUUGCACGUGCACAUAUUAUUUGUCGGUGUGUCGGUGCGAGCUAAUGUUUUGCUUGUGCAUGUCUGAUGUGUACGGACAGUACGGUAGUAUACAUACUGGUGGAUUUGUGCACAUAAAACAUUCCCCUAAAAGACAUUGUUGUAGGAUUUAUUAUGUAGUAUGUUCCACUUACACUUAUCAUGUUCACUUAUUGUUCAUUUGUUAACUUGCUCUCUCUGAGAUUAUCACUUGUAAACUUGUACUUGAC